UUGUAGCCUUGAAGCCAUUUGGCAAGUGAAAGGGUGCAGCACUUGGCAGGCUGCAUCAUUACUUCCUACCCAGCUAGAGUAAAAAGGCAGAGCCUGCACAGUGUCUGAUCAGGCAGGCGACAGUGGCAGGCAGAGGAUCAGUGGGACUAAGUGAGAAGUGUAGUGAUGGCACUGCAGCCAGCACAUGAAGGCAAGGAGGCAAAAAAAGACCCACAGUCUUGUGCAGGCUCCUCCAUGCAGCUCUUCACCUGGGAGGACAUCGGACUCUGCACAGACCAGGGACACCCACAGCAGAAGCAGUGGCUGGUAAUUGACUGGAAGGUCUAUGACAUCGGACAGUUCUACCAGCGGCAUCCGGGGGGUGCUCAGAUCAUCAGUUACUACGCAGGACAGGAUGCCACAGAUGCCUUUACAGCAUUCCAUGCCAACAAUGCACUGGUGAGAAAGUACAUAAGCUCAUUGCUGAUUGGGGAGCUGGCACAAGAUCAAACCAGCAUGGAGCCGAGCAAAAAUAAACUGCUGGUAGAGGAUUUCCGUGAGCUACGCGCCACCAUCGAGAGGAUGGGACUUCUGAACCCCAAGAGCCUCUUCUUCGUCCUGAUUUUCCUGCAAAUUCUGCUGCUAGAGGCUGCCGGCUGGAUCGCUCUCUGGUACUUUGGGACCUCCCUACUACCUUUCCUGAUCUCUGCAGUGCUGCUGACAACCUCCCUGACCCAAGCUGGGUAUCUGCAACAUGAUUUGGGACACCUCUCAGUAUUCAGAAACCCCAAAUGGAACCAAGUGGUUCAUAUGUUUGUGAUAGGCCAACUGAUUGGCUUGUCUGCUAGCUGGUAGAAACUCACACACAACCAGCACCAUGCUAAACCCAACUGCAUCUGCAAGGAUCCUGAUCUCAAUAUGCACCCUACCUUGUUUACUUUAGGGAAGGUACCCUCUGUGGAGCUUGGGAUGAAGAAGAAGAAGUUCAUGCCUUACAACCACCAGCACAAGUACUUCUUUGUCACUGAGUAUCUCUACUUCCCCAAAGGCCACUCACCCAGCAAUUGUCACAGACCAAUUCUCCCGUUCGCGUUUCCUGUCUACUUUCAAUACUUUGCAUUCCACAGGACUAUCCAGAGAAAAGACUGGGUGGACCUGGCCUGGAUGCUGAGCUUCUACAUCCGAUUCUUUCUCACUUAUGAGCCCUUAUUGAGGGUGAAGAGUCUCCUAGGGUUCUAUCUGCUGCUCAGGGUCCUGGAGAGUAUCUGGUUUAUCUGGCUGUUAUUCAUGAGCCACGUCCCAAUGAACAUUGAUUAUGAUAAGAACCUGGACUGGUUCUCUACUCAGCUCCAGGCAACAUGCAACGUGGAUCAGUCCUUGUUCAAUGAUUGGUUCAGUGGGCAUCAUAACUUCCAAAUUGAGCAUCACCUUUUCCCCACAAUGCCUCCAUGCAAUUACUGGAAGGUGGGCCCCCUGGUGAAGUCCCUGUGUGCCAAGCACAGCAUUGAGUACCACUGCAUGCCGCUCCUCACUGCCUUUGCAGAUGUUGUGCACUCUCUGAAGGAUUGUGGAGAGCUCUGGCUUGAUGCCUAUCUGCAUGGAGCAGCAGCAGCACCUU